UUGCCCGACCCAUGAGAGUAGAGUGAACAUAGUGUUAUUAUUGGUAUUCUCGCGACCCAGAAAAAUCACAAUUCUCCCAUAUUUUCUUACCAUCCAAACACCUUCUCCUUUCCUCUAUCUCCCUCUCUUUAGGGUUUAUUUGCAUCCCUCAAAAUCCCCCACUUUCUGGCACUUUCCUGGAAACUCUCGUACUUUCAUAUCCCCAUCACGAGACGAUAGAAAGGUAUGCCUCUUCAUUGGGACCCCCCAACUCUGUUUCUUUAGAGCUUCGGAGGAUUUCGAUUACAGCGGUUCGAAGAUCUCUGUGAUGAACAACGAUUUCGAAUUGGACGGAAAAUCAGGUGCCACUGUAGAGGUUGAGGAAGCUAGAGCUAGGGUUUCCGAAGGCGGUGCUGGUAGCUCAAAAGAUGAAGCUAGGGUUUCAACAAUGGAGUUCGAUUCAGGAGCUCCGGAGAGCGAGGCUGGUGAUUCUCGGGUUUCCAGAGGCGGAAGAUCUGAGGAGGAUAGGGCUAGGGUUAGGGUUAGUCCGGAGAGUGACGUUUGGAAUGUAGAUAAAGUGAUGGAAUCGAAGGGCUCUGGAAUUCAGUUGGAAAAAGCGAGUGUCUUUGUAUUCCAUGAUGAUCAGGAGGAUGUAUUUGACAUUGGAAGGGUCGAAAUCGACGAGGAUUAUGAAAAAUUUGAUAAUGAAAAUGAUGAAGAUGACCGUGCAGAUGUGGAGAAGGAUAAGUCUUAUGAGCACCGGUCUUUGUUAUCUGAGUUUGAUGAGUUUGUGGCUAAUGAGAAGAGUGGAGUAGCUCUUGGAACGUCGAGGGCACUUAGCUAUGGGUUCGAAGUGGGUGAUUUGGUGUGGGGAAAGGUAAAAUCUCACCCAUGGUGGCCGGGACACAUAUUUAACGAGGCAUUUGCAUCGUCUCAGGUGCGCCGGACACGAAGGGAAGGUCAUGUGUUGGUGGCUUUCUUUGGUGAUAGUAGCUAUGGGUGGUUCGACCCAGCUGAGCUUAUCCCAUUUGAUCCCCAUUUUGCUGAGAAAUCUCUGCAGACGAAUCACAGAACCUUUGUGAAGGCUGUGGAAGAGGCUGUUGAUGAGGCGAAUCGCAGGUGUGGAGUUGGUUUGGCUUGUAAAUGUAGGAACCCCUAUAAUUUCCGGGCCACAAGUGUGCAAGGGUACUUUGUUGUUGAUGUGCCAGAUUAUGAGCCGGGAGCAGUUUAUUCUGAGAAUCAGAUUAAGAAGGUGAGGGAUAGUUUUAAGCCGAGUGAGAUCUUGUCUUUCUUAAAGCAGUUGGCCGUGUUACCACACGGUGAUGAUCAGAAGAGCCUUAACUUUAAUAAGAAUAAGGCUACUGCAUUUGCAUUUCGUAAGGCUGUGUUUGAAGAGUAUGAUGAGACCUAUGCUCAGGCAUUCGGAGUGCAUCAAGGACGCUCUUCUCGUAAACUAGUUGCCCCAGUGGACCCACCUCGAGCUCCCUUGAGUGGUCCAUUGGUGAUUGCUGAAGUUCUGGGUGGGCGGAAGAAUGCCACGAAACCCAUGAAAGUCAAGGAUCAUUCAAAGAAAGACAAAUACGUUUUCAAACGGAGAGAUGAACCCAGUAACUUGAAAACCCAUCUAACUAGCCAGGGCCAAGCUAGUUCCUCAGCCCCAUCUGCUGGCUUGGAGGGAUCAAUACCAUUAGUAGAUGGGGAUUAUACAGUACAGAAGAGGGCUCCAGCUGUCUCUACAAAGACUCGGGUUCCAGCAAAACAUGAACAGACUGAUUUUAUCAGCCGCAGUUCUACAGUUUCAAAUACAGAUGUAUAUGGGAAAGAAGCUGUAAUCAUAGAUCAGGCAACAGCAAACAGCUCUCUCACCACCCAAGAUGUUACUAAUGAUGCAAAGCCAUCUCUUGACAAAGAAAGAGGGGCUCUGCAGGAAGUAAAAGACGGAGGUACAAGCACAGAAUGUCUUGAUUUAUUUGGGGAAGGGACCAAGCAACGUACAAAAGAUGGUACAUCACAACCCUUAAAGCAGGAAGGUGAGGGUUUGGUUGAGAUUAAAUGUGAAGAGAGUCCAAAAUUGUCUGGAUCACAUGAAAAUUUUCAACAACCUUCUAGUUCUUUGAAGAAAGUGGAAGGAGGUUAUGAAUUGAAUCAAGUUCGCGAUGGUCGUGGUGUUGGAGAUCCUUCCUCAGUUGAGGCAAAGAGUUCAGGUGGGAUGAAAGCUAUUGGUGGAGUGAAAAAAGCAAAGGUUCUUAAACGGCGUGCAGAGGACUUGCGCACCGAAGACUCUAUGAUGGGGGAUAACAGGAAAAAGAAAAAGAAGAAACAGUUAGGUUCUGAAGCAAGCUUCAGAAACCCACAGAAGCCUUUGAUUUCUGGAAAGGUACAUUCCUUGGGGAGUAAAGUUGCAGGAAAUUCCAAGGAUGUAGGUUUGGCUCCAAGAGAGGACAUCCAGGUAGAACAUCAUAAGAAAGAUGUUGUUGCCAGUAAUAACUCGUCUGAAACUGUUGGAAAAUUUUCAAUUGUUGGCCUGGGAGAUGUGGAGCUUGAACUACCACAACUGGUAAGUGAUUUGCAAGCCCUUGCCCUUGAUCCUUUUCAUGGUUUUGAAACAAACAGCCCUGCAAUUGUUCGGCAGUUCUUUCUGCACUUCCGGUCCCUUGUCUACCAGAAAAGCUUGGUUCUGUCACCACCCUCCGAGACUGAACCUGUUGAAGUUCGCUCCUCUAAAUCUCCAUCUGGUGUCAAAGCCUCUGACAUAUCGCCUACUGAGCAAGUCAGAGAUUUGCCAUUCUCAAAGGCAGCAAAACCCAUGUUCAGAUCCGACGACCCUACCAUAGCCGGGCGGAAGCGUGCCCCAUCUGACCGUCAAGGAGAUAUUGCAGCUAAGAGGUCCAAGAAAAUUAGUGAUCUGAAAACGUUGGCUGCAGAGAAGAAGGCCAGUCAGAGAGCUUUAGAAUCCAAGCGUGUGGAGGCCAAAGAAUCAGCAGUACCGCUUCUGCGAAGGUCAAUCAAGCCAGGUUUUGCGAAGAAAACAGAGCCUGCAUCAAAGGCAGUUGAACCCACAAUGCUGGUGAUGAAGUUCCCUCCCAAAAUAUCUCUCCCAUCACCAGCAGAACUGAAGGCAAAGUUUGCACGAUUUGGGCCUAUGGAUCAGUCCGGUCUCCGUGUCUUUUGGAAGUCCGCAACAUGCCGGGUUGUCUUUCUGCACAAAUCUGAUGCACAAGCAGCAUUGAAGUUUGCUACCGCAAACAGCUCACUUUUUGGCAACUUUAGUGUGAGGUGCCAAAUUCGAGAAGUGGGUGGUCCUGAAGUUCCGGAUUCCGGCAAGGGCGACAAUCCCAGUGAGAUUCCGCGGGUUAAGGAUUCAUCAGUGGGGCAGUCACUGACAGCAGCAAUGGCAUCUGCACUCAGACAGCAGCAGCAGGCUCUUCUUCCACAGAGUGCAGUCCAGCUCAAGUCGAUUCUGAAGAAGUCGUCGGGCGAGGAGCAGGGAGGGCAGGUAACUACCGGUGGCAAUGGAAAUAGUAAAGGAACUGCACGUGUAAAAUUCAUGUUAGGUGGGGAAGAAAGUAGUAGAAGUACUGAUCAAUUCAUGAUGGCUGGUAAUAGAAAUAACUUCAACAACAACAACAGCAGUGCUAGUUUUGCUGAUGGUGGUGCUGCUGCACAUUCUUCUUCUACUUCUUCUAUUGCUAUGGAUUUUAAUACUAGGAACUUUCAAAAGGUCAAUGCUCCUCCAACUUUUUCAUCAUCGCCUCCUAUACUUCCUCCUCCCCUUGGUCCUCCACUUCCUCCUCCUCAAUAUGCAAAGCCCCCGCAUAAUAAAUUUCCACCACACCAUUCAGAAAUGGCACCACCCAGAAAUAGUCAACAUCUCAACACACCCACUGCAUUUCCAAGUGCACCCAGCGUCGAUAUUUCACACCAGAUGCUAAGCCUGUUGACUAGGUGCAACGAUGUCGUAGCCAACGUCAAGGGUUUGCUUGGCUAUGUGCCGUACCAUCCUCUUUGAUGGUGAAACAUGGGCAAAAUUAUAUGCCAUAAAGCAAGCCAAGGCAAGGCAAAGACGGACAAGACAAUUACAUGGAAUCCACCACAUGAAUUGGGCUUUACGAAAACGACGUUUGGAUUUUGGGGGGAAGCUGUUCAAGAGAGAGAGCUUCUCAAAUGUAGUAGUUUGUUUACAAGUUGGAUACCUCUGAUUGUACUGAGAUGAUGAUAUUGAUGAUAGUGCCAUCUUUUUCUUUUUCUCUUUUUGGGUUUAACUUUUGUUCUUUGGGCCAGUUUCCAUAAUCUCUUUAUUUUUAGGCUGUGCUGCCUAUUGCUCUUACACAUAAAGAGUUUUGACGAUUCGCUUGAGGCGCAGCGUAUGUUUAAAA